AUGAGGCACGGAAACCCGUACGACAACAGUACGAAACCAACCCAGAGGACUGCUUUUCCUGGACCAACCCCACCUCAACAGCCCCCGGACACCCACAUCUCUCCUGCUCCGGAACGGGAGGGGGAGGGGAGGGCGCGCCCCGAGGAUGUCCCCCCUCUCGGCUUCCUCAGGCUGGCGGCUGGAGGUGAGAGCGCCCUUCCUGCCAGCCUACCGUCCCGGCCUCGGACACCGACACAGACCGCCGACAGGGCUUUCUGCGGAGAACCGCCGAGGCAGCGCGCCGCACACUUGCCUGCCCGCCUCCCCGACCGGCGCUCGCAGCUCAGGCCAGAGGCCGCGGGGUCACCGGGCUGCACCGCGGACACCCGAGCUCCGCCGAGCGGCCUCCCCGCCCCCUCCGCUCCGCUCCGCCGCCAGCAGACGGCGCCCCCGGGCCAACUUCGCCGGGGAAAGAGGAAGCGACUAGAGACUAGCAGGCAGAGCGGACCGACCGGGAGACCGAAAGGACUGUGCGUGUGUCCGCACGCGAGCGAGGCCGUCUCACCUUCCCUCCGCCGAGCCCUCGGCUCCAGUCACCUGAGGACCGCACCGGGACGCCACCGCGGCUGCCCGGAUGCCGUUACCGCACGAGGCCUGUGCUGCGCCGCCGCGUAGCUCUCGGAGAGGGGCGGGGCGCGCGCAACCGGUGGGCGGACCGUUGCGGGCAGGAAACCCGCUCCACGCCCAAUCUAAUAGGCUCCAUCGCCUCCUGCGCCCGCCCCUGACGCUUCAGCGGAAUGCGCCGCUCCGGGAUUGGGCGAGCGGGCUUGUCAAUCAAGCGCGGGCCCUGAGUGGUCCCUGAGCUGAGACUGCGCGGCCUUUGGACAGAAGGUGAGGAGCGCCGGGCCCCACCGCCCUGUUCUCCCCUAGCCUCCUCGGUGGCUGCUUACUUUCCGCCUCUCCCACUGCUACUAAAACCUGUCAUUCAUUUUAAAUCGCUCAUUAAUGUCGAACAGCGGUCCCGAGUUCAACCCAGACUACUCUGGUGCCUGCAUCUGAAAGGGCCGACCAGCUGCAGAUCUUAGGGACAGGGAGCGACAAAGAAAAUGAAGCCUCGGGGGAAAAAUGUAAGAUGUUUGUUAAUGAAAACCACAACCAAAAUAAGCUUUGCGAGCAACUUCCGAGUGCCCUGGCGCGUGGGUAGCCUUCAUUCCCGGCUUCCAGUCCUGUGAAAAGGACAGUUACUUCUGCCCUAGGGGUGAGUAUGGCAGUGGCACAGUCCCAGCCACCUGCCAAGGAAGGCAUCAAUAAAUCGGCUCUCCUUCCUAACUUGCCUUACAGCGACUCAUAACCUGCCUCACUAUUUCCCAAUCACCUUUGUUGCUUAGUGUGGGUGUGGCACCUAAAAGAAACAUUCUAGGUUAGGUAAUUUUAUGGAAACACGAGUUUUUGCCUCCAGCGUAGCUGCACCCAUAUACCUAGAUUGCAAAGUCUAUUAAAAGAACUGUUUCACCCACGCCCACCUCGUGCCUAGCACAUCAUCCUCAACAAUCGAGGAAUUAAUACAGCUUCCUUUCAUCUUUUAAAAAUUCAUUUUUAUUCUUUGUGUGUUCGAGUGUUUGGUGUACUUGUGUUAUACUUGUGUAUAAUUUUGCUGCCCAUGGAGGUCAAAUGAGGGUAUAGGAUCUUCUGGAACUGGAGUUACAGAUGGUUUUGAACCACCCUGUGGGUGCUGGGAAUCAAACUCAGGCCCCUUGGAAGACCAGCGCUCUUAAUCACUGAAUCUCAGCCCCUUCCUUUAGCUAUACUACAAGCCCUACCUGUAAAUCCUAAAAAGUUGUUUUCUGCUUUUAACUUAAUUGCAUGUUAAUAAAUACAUGGGUGGCCUGCCCUAGGUAAAAUACAAGUUACCUGUAGCCCCUUUUAAUCCUGAGUUUAGUUGAGAAAAGUAGAACAUAAAACUGGGGAAAGGAUACUCUGCCUAUUGUUAGUAUCAAAAGUAAGUAAUGCAAAUUAUAUAUUUAAAAACAUACAUACCGAAGAGAAGGGGGUGAUGCAUGCAGAAGCAGGUGGAUCGAGGCCAGCCUGGUCUACAGAUUGAGUGUGAGUUCCAGGACAGCCAGGGCUACCCAGAGAAACCCUGUCUCAAAAAACAAAAAGACAAAUAUAUAUAUAUAUAUAUAUAUAUGCAGAGACAGGUUCAAGUUCUGCAAGUUCAAGGCCACCCUGGUUUAUGUAGCAAAUCCUAGGACAGUCAAGGCUACAUAGAGAGAUGCUAUCUCAAAAGCAAAAACAUACAGGCAGCUGACCCCCAUUAACUCCAAAGGAGGAUAUUUGGGGUAAUAAAGGAAAUAAGAAUCCUCCAUAUCUUAAGACCUUUCCCAGUAAGCUAUUGACAGCUUAUAUAGUUAGAAUGACCUAGUUUAGUGUCCCUAUCAUACAGUAAUGUUUAGGAGGAAGAAAAUCCUACCUAUCUGCUAUCAAGAAGUUAUCACAGACUUGAUAUUGAAGUGUAAACAUUAGUGGGCCCUACUAAAUAAACUUAACUUCUGGAUUUAGUAUAGUUAUGCUGUUAUAGGAAAGAGUCUACCUUGUAUGGAAGGUGCUAAAAUAGGCACUGCAGAUCUUGAGUCCACACCAGUGUCAGAUAUUGAGAUUUAAACCAACCUGUAUUAUUUCUGUGCUAACCAUAUCAACAGUUGUAUGUAGGGACAGAUGGGCAUUAAGCCACAAUGAGAGGGAAAUGUGUAGUAAGACUAUUUGAGCAAAAAGAAGGGCUUGGGAGGGAGUUACCAAGUCUAAAGACAUUAAGCAAUUAUAGUAAUGUUGAUGGAGCAGACAGUGGCUAGAUUUGAAGCAAUGUGUUAGGAAAGCUGAGGUCCUUAGAGUUUAUCCUACAAGAAAUGAGAAAGAGUUGUUUCACUAAAGAGUUGUUUUUCAGUACUUUUUCAGUAGAUCAUUCUGAUGUUUUCUAGCUCUUGUUUCUACUGAGAAGCAAGUAGCAAUUCAAAAAAAAAAAAAAACCAACUUUCUUUUAUGUGUGAUGGGUUUUGCUUACAUGCAGUUCCCUCAGAGACCAGAAGAGGGCACCAAAUUCUGGAACUGAAAUACCAGACAGUUGUUAGUUGCGAGUGGGUGCUAGGAACCCAACUCGUCUUCUAAAGACCACAGUGACAGGAGCUGAACUAUGACCCUGAAAGGACAUUGUACAGCAUAAAAAUUUUUUAAAAAGGAUAAAACUGUAGGCAUAAUGUUUUUAUACACUGUGUUAAUCAAAUGCUGAUUUCUCUGCCCUCAUACCUUGUUUCAGUCCAGACACAGCAUUGUAAUGCUUAUACCAAGAAUCUCCUGUCUCAGGUUUGUGUGUAAAACAGUUCUUAUUCUGUGCCUUGUCAAUAAAUGCUGAUCACCCAGUGGCUGGGUAGAAAAGACAGUCGCACCCACCAGCCAGAGGAAGGAGAGAGGGAGAGAGGGAGAUUCAGAUCAGCAGCAGGAUGGAGGAAGUGGAGCCAUGAAGAAGGGGUCUGAAGAGCUGGGUCAUUAUCACGGGAUGGGGCUGGGAGGUAGCCACAUUAGCGCAGAAGUUUAGGAUAGAUCACUUAACUAUGGGUAAUGAGGCGUAGUUUUAAAUAAAUCUUGAUUUCUCUGUGAAGUUACUGGGGACUAGCAUAACAUAAAUAAAUACAGUCACCAGAUUAAUUCACAGCCACAUUUAUAUUAAAGAAAUUUCAUUCACAUUAAGCCAUAGAGCAAGGGGGAGCAGGGUAGGCCAUACCGUUGUCCAAUCAUACUUUGACAUAAGGAUUGAACAAGGGAGUGUCCAUCCAUCAGGACUGGAGUUGGUCCCUGGGCCUGGGAACAGGAACUUGUUUGACGCUGCCGACAAGAUGGAGAAGUUGUCCUUGAGAUGUCUGGACUCAGGCAACUGUUUCCUUACGACAGAAGCUGUUCAGCUACUGGGAAUCCCCAGCUCCCCUGGGACCUGGGACCUGGAAUUUAGUUUCUCUGUAUAGUCGAAUGGAGUCUGAAAAUGAAAUGGAGUCUGAAAAUGAAAUCCUUAGAAUGAGUUUCUCUAGCUUGUUCCCAACGAUGUCUAUGCUCACCCUUAGCAGGUUACACCCAAGAUUACAUAUGUGGACAUAUGCUGCCCAGGGUCUUACUGAAUCUCCCAAGCUGGCCUCAAAUUUAGGAGCAUCCUGCCUCAGCUUUCUAAGACACUGAGAUUACAGGCUUAUAGCUCUAUGUCUGGCUCAGUUUGCAUAAUGUCUGUUGAUAUCUAAUGUCUAGUAAUCCCUGAAAAUCUUAAGUAUCAACACUUCCCAACGCUGGCUACCUUGCUAAUGGAUUUGGAUUUGUUUGGAGAUAAUUUAGAAACAUUUUAUUCAGAAAAACAGAAAUCACAUUUUACCACAAUGGAGGAAAUUUAGGAUUAUGUGUUAAUGGACUGAAAAAACUGACGCCAGGUUUGGUGGCUCAUGCCUGUCACCCCAUUAUUGGGAGGAUCACCCCAGGUUCAAAGCCAGCAUGGGUAUAUAGUGAGACCCUGUCUCAGAGGAUCACAAAAUAAAUAAUAAAAUAAAAUAAAAUGCAGGGAGGGGCCAGAGAUGACAUUGAGGUAACCCAAAGGAAGUUGCUUUGUGGAUCAGCUACCACCCCUAGGGCUAGUGAAAAGGGAGAUCAAGUCUGGACUAAAGCACUUGAGCAGUAAGGCAUGACCCAGCUGGGAUAUAGCUCAGACCUCCAGGAGGAAGCUCUCAGGUUGGCUCUUCUACUGCUCAGGGAAUGAUGUGCAAGUAGAAUAAUGCCAAAAGUAAUCCCAAAAAUAAGGGUAAAAUCAAGUCAAACAGCAAAUGAUAAGGCAAGUGGAAAGAGGGAAGUCCCUCUCCUGCCAUCUAAUCUAUUGACUUGUUUGCUUUGUCAAGUAUGUGUGUGUGUGUGUGUAUGUGUUUGUUUAUUUGCAGUACUGGGGGCUCAGUUUUUGCCUUCUAAUCUCCCCCUGUUGACUUAUUUGCUUUUAUUUAUUCGUUUAUUCAUUAAUUUGCAGUGCUGGGAGUUGAGCCUAAAGCAGCUUGCUACAUAGUAUGAGCUAUAUCCCCAGUAGACUUUCUUUUUUUUGAAAACCAGUCUGAGUAAGUUGCCAAAGCUAACCCUGAACUUUGUGAUCCACCUGCCACAGCUUCCCAAGUAGCUAGAAUUACAGCCCUAUGCCAUCGGGCUCAGCCCCUCUGUAAUGUCCUUUGUAGGCAGAACCCUGUGAGAGAUACUGGUAGCAUCAGAAAAGUGAAACAUGUGGGGCUGAGCCUUAGCAUCACAUACGAAAGUAUAGACGGGAGCUAAGGCAGUACCUUAAUGAUCAGUCACGUCAACAGAAGCGUGAGCAGAAUGAAGAGCAGCCCAGAUUAGACUCACAUUGAUGCUGCCUGGUAGGCUUUUACAAGCCUAGAGGUCCCUUUGAAGACAUCCUCAGGAUCCCAUAUCAGUUCUCUACUGUAUCGUGAUAACUGCUAGUGUUAAAAUUUUUUAAUUAUAAUUUUUCUUUAUUCUUGAGAAUUUCAUACAUGUAUACAAUAAAAUAUUAUCAUAUCUGUCCCCAUUUCCCUCCUCUAACUCCCCAUGUGCCCCUCAACAUACCCUACUCCCAACAUAAUGACUUUUUUGGUUUUGAUUUUUGUUUUAGUUUUGUUUGUGACAGGGUUUCUCUGUCUCUGUUAGCCCUGCCUGUCCUAGAAAUGACUUUUUUAGAAAAGUAACCCAUUAAGUCCAAUUACUGCUGUCCACAGUGGAGGGAGGGGAACCUGGAA